CCACCUCAAACCGUCCCUCUCUCGAGCCUUCGCUGGUCUGUUUUUUUCUUGUCAUCCUCCUACUUUUUAGAGAUAGAAAGCAAAAGAAUACGCUUCCACCAUGUUGGUUUAUCAGGAUCUUAUCUCCGGUGAUGAGCUCCUCUCAGAUUCAUUUCCCUACAAAGAACUCGAGAAUGGAUGUCUUUGGGAGGUUCAAGGGAAGUGGGUUGUUCAAGGUGCUCUUGAUGUAGACAUUGGGGCGAAUCCUUCUGCUGAGGGUGCUGAUGAAGAUGAAGGUGUGGAUGAUCAAGCUGUCAAGGUUGUCGAUAUUGUUGACACUUUCAGACUUCAGGAACAACCUUCUUUUGACAAGAAACAAUUUGUUACAUACAUGAAGAGAUACAUCAAGAACCUGACUCCCAAGCUAGAAGGAGAAGCCCAAGAAGCAUUUAAAAAGAACAUUGAAUCAGCAACUAAGUUCCUCAUGUCAAAGCUCAAGGACUUUCAGUUCUUUGUUGGCGAGAGCAUGCAUGACGAGGGUGCCCUGGUGUUUGCAUACUACAAGGAUGGUGCAACUGAUCCUACCUUUUUGUACCUUGCACCUGGCUUGAAGGAGGUCAAGUGCUAGAUGUAUGGUGGAGAUUUUGAGCUACAAGUUUCAAAUUUGAGAUGUUCCAUGUAGUUUUAAGUUUUUAUCCUUUUUUGCUUAUUUAUGGUAGUGUCUUAUGAACUUGGGUACUUGUUUUAACCAGUACUUUCUGAACUGUUUCUUAAUGUUAUAUUCUCAUUAUGUGGGACAGCUAAUGAUCCUGGUUGAGUUGAAAGUUCUCCUAUUAAAUCCUCUUUUAGCAGUUUUGCCUAUUCAA